GGCUUAGCAGAAAUGUCUCUCGAUGGUUGGUAAAAUGUCUCUACUCAUGCUACCAAAACUGCCAGAGAACAGGAAAGAACCACCAUUUAUAACAUCAUACAGAUCUCCUGGCUUGCUAGAAUUGAGGAUACUGUUUGUGAAGUCAGGACAGUUUCCCAGCAUUCCUUACAAAAACCCAAAGCCUCACAAUUUCAGACCUUGUGCUGAAGAAUUGCCUGAUAUGGUGACCUGUAUAGAAAAGGAUCCUGGAAACUUGAAGUUUAAGACUCAGUCCUUGGGUGCAAUUGCAGAAGUCCGAGCUGAAUCAGACCAUCCCCAAAGAGAGCCAACAAGGAGCAUGGACACCUUCAAACCAGCAGAACUUAAGUGGGAUCCAAGACUCAUACUGCCAAAGCCUCCUUGGCCACCCAAGUCGGCUUCAUACACAAGGCAUCGGCGCAGAAGAGGAGUGCACAGUGCUUUCAUGGACCGUGUGGAGGAGAAGCUCACCAAAUCUUGGAUGAAAGAAUAG